AAAAGCACUUGGGGGUGUGUUCAAUGCUGGAAGGGGGAGACAGAUGAUUCCAUAUAAACCGGGAGUCUACUUCGAGUCCCUCAUCGACAGGAUCACUCAGCAACCAUGAGGUCUCUCAUCUUCGUUCUGCUCAUCGGAGCUGCCUUUGCCCUGGAUGACGACAAGAUCGUCGGAGGCUAUGAGUGCCAGGCCCACUCCCAGCCCCAUCAGGUGUCUCUGAACUCUGGCUACCACUUCUGUGGUGGCUCCCUGGUCAACGAGAACUGGGUUGUGUCUGCUGCUCACUGCUACAAGUCCCGUGUUCAGGUUCGUCUUGGAGAGCAUGACAUCACCCGCAACGAGGGCACCGAGCAGUUCAUCGACUCCUCCCGUGUCAUCCGCCACCCCAACUACAACUCCUGGAACAUCGACAACGACAUCAUGCUGAUCAAGCUGAGCAGGCCCGCCACCCUCAACUCAUACGUGCAGCCUGUGGCUCUGCCCACCAGCUGUGCUCCCGCUGGCACCAUGUGCAGAGUCUCUGGCUGGGGCAACACCAUGAGCUCUGUUAGCGGCGACCAGCUGCAGUGCCUGGAGAUCCCCAUCCUGUCUACCAGGGACUGUGAGAACUCCUACCCCGGCAUGAUCACUGAUGCCAUGUUCUGCGCUGGAUACCUGGAGGGAGGCAAGGACUCUUGCCAGGGUGACUCUGGUGGCCCCGUCGUGUGCAACAGUCAGCUGCAGGGUGUUGUGUCCUGGGGCUACGGAUGUGCUGAGAGGGACCACCCUGGUGUCUACGCCAAGGUCUGCAUCUUCACCGACUGGCUGAAGACCACCAUGGCCAGCUAUUAAGUCCGAUCCUGUGAUCACCAUCUCACUCGGCUGCCUUUCUUCUGUCAUUCAAACAAUAGUAUUGUUGUAAAUGUGCAGCUGUUCCAUCUGAGUCAAUAAAGUCUUAAAUAUUCAAUUCAA